AUGGCUUCUACGAAUGACAACUACUCGGAGAUCGAGACGGCAGUCGGCAGCAAGAGCCUGCAACUAUCGUCGCGUGACCGAUGGACAUCAAGGCGGCAGAGACGAAGAAGGCGGUGGGCUGGGAGUGGAGCCCCUGCGUCGAUGGUGCUGGUGCAGUUGUUCAUCACGGGGAUGAUCCUGCUGUCCAAGGUGUCCAUCGGUGGUGGCAUGUUCAUCUUCGUCCUCCUCGCCUACCGCAGUCUCUUCGGCGCCGCCUUCAUCCUCCCAUUGGCGCUCAUCUUCGAAAGGGGCAAGUGGAGGGAGAUGGGUUGGCACGCCACGGGAUGGAUCUUCCUGAACGCCUUCAUCGGGUAUGCAGUGCCAAUGAGCCUAUACUACUAUGGUCUCAGUGAUACAACGCCAACUUAUGCUGUCAUCUUUCUGAACAUAAUUCCGGUGGUCACAUUCAUUCUCUCGCUCGUCUUCAGAAUGGAAACAUUGCAAAUCUGGAGCAUAGCUGGAUCAAUGAAGAUUGUAGCCGUUGUGCUCUCGGUUGGAGGCACAAUGCUCAUCAGCCUUUACAAGGGCAAGACACUGCAUCUCUGGGAUCCCAUUCUGAAGCACCACCACGAGGGACAACAAACUACAGAGGUUGCAAGCAAUCAUCUAAGGGGGACAAUAUUCUUGGUAGGCAGCAGCAUCACACUUGCUUGCUGGUACCUGAUUCAGUCAAAGGUUAUGAAGGUGUAUCCAUACAAAUACUGGUCGUCUAUGGUGACAUGCUUUGUUGGAGGAUUUCAAACCGCACUAGUUGGAAUAAUAUUGAGUAGAGACAAGAACAAGUGGAAGCUAGGAUGGGAUCUGAACCUUAUGACCAUCUUCUACUCGGGGGCACUUGCAACGGCGGGGAAAUAUAGCCUGAACUCAUGGGUCAUGGCCAAGCGAGGCCCGGCAUAUCCUCCAAUGUUCAGCCCAUUGUCUGUGGUAUUCACAGUUUUGUUGGACUCCAUCUUCAUAGGCGACGAGAUUACAGUAGGAAGCCUGUUCGGCACAAUAGUGGUAAUUGUUGGGCUCUACAUUUUCCUAUCAGCAAAAUCAAAAGAAGUACGGGACAAGUAG